GCUCCUGUUGCCCCCCACCCAUCCCCAGGCCAUUCUUGGCUGAGGGAAAGAUCACUUGGGGCCUGACACCACUGCCCCUGUACCUGACUGCUGUACAAAGUUGCCUUUCUUCUGCUGUUGCUGCUCACCAUCUAAGCCUCCUUGGCCUCCUGUCUGAGGGUUCCUCAGCUUGGGAGGUGUGAUGGGAACCCAGGCUCAUCUGCCACUGAAAAGCUAAGACCCAGUGCUUGCUCUCUCCCUGUUUGUGCUGGGCAGCUUGGCCAGUGCACCUCGGCACAGAGAGCAGGGCUUGACCAGGAGUAGGGGAGAACUUUAUAGUGGGAGAACUGUUUUCCAGGGCAGCUUCCUCCUGGGUCUGGCCAUAGCGGGGCAUGGCAGCUGCAGCAGCUGUUUCUCUGAUGUGUUGGUGGCCAUCUCUUCUGCCUGUAUGGCUGGGUUUCUGAAUGUCCUGCAAUUCCAUGACCCAGUUAGGGAGCUGCUCAGCAUCUUCUGAUGAUUUCUUUCUGGCCUGUGUCAAUACUUCUUCUAUUUUGCAUUCAGCUGGGGACCCUGAGAGUUUAAAUGUGAAGGUCAACUGAUGGUGUACCUGAUCAGCCUCUCUCUUGUAGGAAUCCAUAGCACAGGGCAUUAGCCUUGCUCUCAUGAAAAUACCUAGUACUUCUGGAAGUUGGUUUCUAUCUGUGCUCGGUAAGGAAUUCUGAAACGGUGCUGUUCUUGAUUGCAUCCUAAUGACUUCUCGGUUUUGUUCUUGCUGUUGUGCUUUGGUGCCACUCAGUAGGUUGAGCAAGAAGAUGGUGUCGCUGCCCCUUGGAAGGCCAUGUACCAGCAUGCCAUUCCUGCUUCCCUUGCUUGUGGCCCUCUUAGUCCUAUCAUGUCCCUCACUGUGUCAGAGCCAUGAAGCAACAUCUCCCAAAACAAGGCACGGGACACCGUUUCCAUGGGACAAAAUGAGGCUACCCGAGCAUGUCAUUCCGGUUCAUUAUGACCUCAUGAUCCAUGCAAAUCUCACCACGUUGACUUUCCGGGGAAUCACGGAAAUAGAGGUGACAGCCAGUCAGCCCACCAGCACCAUCAUCCUACACAGUCAUCAGCUGCAGAUUGCCAAGGCCACCCUCAAGAAGAGAGCUGGAGAAAGACUGCUGGAAGACGCCUUGGAAGUCCUGGAGUAUCCUCCCCAGGAGCAAAUUGCACUUGUGGCACCUGAGCCCCUCCUGGCCGGGCUCUCCUACACCAUCGUCAUUGAGUAUAGCGGCAACCUGUCUGACAGUUUCCAUGGCUUCUAUAAAAGCACCUACCGCACCAAGGAAGGGGAAGUCAGGGUCCUUGCGUCAACCCAGUUCGAACCCACUGCCGCUAGAAUGGCCUUUCCUUGUUUUGACGAACCCGCCUUCAAAGCAAAUUUCUCCAUAAAGAUGAGAAGGGAGCCUCGGCAUCUCGCCAUCUCCAAUAUGCCGCUGGUGAAGUCAGUGCCUGUUGCUGAAGGACUCCUGGAAGAUCACUUUGAUGUCACGGUGAAGAUGAGCACCUACCUGGUGGCCUUCAUUAUCUCUGAUUUUGAAUCUGUCAGCAAGGUGACCAAGAGCGGAGUGAAGGUGUCUGUGUAUGCUGUGCCAGAGAAGAUAGACCAGGCGGAUUAUGCACUGGAUGCUGCGGUGACUCUUCUAGAAUUCUACGAGGAUUACUUCAGCAUUCCGUAUCCCUUACCCAAACAAGAUCUUGCUGCCAUCCCUGACUUCCAGUCAGGUGCCAUGGAGAACUGGGGGCUGACAACCUACAGGGAAUCUUCUCUGCUGUUCGAUCCAAAGAAGUCCUCUGCAUCCAGCAAGCUGGGCAUCACCAUGAUUGUGGCCCAUGAGCUCGCUCAUCAGUGGUUUGGGAACCUGGUCACUAUGGAGUGGUGGAAUGAUCUCUGGCUAAAUGAGGGAUUUGCCAAGUUUAUGGAGUUUGUAUCUGUCAGCGUGACCCACCCUGAACUGAAAGUUGAAGACUACUUCUUUGGCAAGUGUUUUGAUGCGAUGGAGGUUGAUGCCCUAAACUCCUCACACCCAGUGUCCACGCCUGUGGAGAAUCCUGCUCAGAUCCAGGAGAUGUUUGAUGAUGUCUCUUAUGAAAAGGGCGCGUGUAUUCUGAACAUGCUUAGGGAUUACCUGGGGGCUGAUGCCUUCAAGAGUGGGAUUGUGCAGUAUCUCCACAAGUACAGCUACCAGAACACCAAGAACGAGGACCUGUGGAACAGCAUCGCUGGCAUCUGCCCUCAGGAUGGCACGCAGAAAAUGGAGGGCUUCUGCUCUAGAAGUCAGCAUUCACCGCCUUCAACUUCACACUGGAGCCAGGAAGGACUGGACGUGAAAGCCAUGAUGAACACGUGGACGCUGCAGAAGGGCUUUCCUCUGAUAACCGUCACUGUAAGAGGGAGGAAUGUACAUGUGGAGCAAGAACACUACAUGAAGGGGUCUGACGGCGCCUCAAAAACCGGGUAUUUGUGGCAUGUGCCAUUGACCUUCGUUACCAGCAAAUCAGAUGGGGUACAGAGAUUUUUGCUGAAGACAAAAACAGAUGUGCUCAUCCUUCCAGAAGCAGUGGAAUGGAUCAAGUUUAAUGUGGGGAUGAACGGCUAUUACAUCGUGCACUAUGAGGAUGAUGGAUGGGAUUCCCUGACUGGUCUCCUCAAAGGAGCACACACGACAGUCAGCAGUAACGAUCGGGCGAGUCUCAUUAACAACGCCUUUCAGCUUGUCAGCGUGGGAAAACUGCCGAUUGAAAAAGCCCUGGAUCUAACCCUGUACUUGAAGCGUGAAACUGAGAUCAUGCCCGUGUUCCAAGGCCUGAAUGAGCUGAUCCCUCUGUAUAAGUUAAUGGAGAAAAGGGAGAUGAGUGAAGUGGAAAAUCAAUUCAAGGCCUUCCUCAUCAGGCUGCUGCAGGACCUCAUCGACAGGCAGACGUGGACAGACACGGGCUCGGUGACAGAGCGGAUGCUGCGGAGUCAGCUGCUGCUCCUGGCCUGUAUGCGCAAGUACCAGCCCUGCGUGCAGAAGGCUGAGGGCUACUUCCACCGGUGGAAGGACUCCAACGGCACGCUGAGCUUGCCUGUCGACGUGACCUUGGCAGUCUUUGCCGUGGGGGCCCAGAACACCGAAGGCUGGGAUUUCCUCUAUCACACAUAUCAGUCAUCUUUGUCCAGUACUGAGAAAAGACAAAUUGAAUUUGCCCUGUGUACAAGCCAAGAUCAGGAGAAGCUUCAGUGGCUACUGGAUCACAGUUUUAAGGGAGAUAUAAUAAAAACUCAGGAGUUCCCGUAUAUUCUCUCCAUGAUUGGCAGAAACCAAGUGGGAUAUCUGUUGGCCUGGAAGUUUUUGAGGGAAAAUUGGGACAAACUUGUACAAAAGUUUGAACUUGGCUCGCCGUCCAUAGCCCACAUGGUGAUGGGAACAACAAACCAGUUCUCCACGAGAGCACGGCUUGAAGAGGUACAAGGAUUCUUCAGCUCUUUGAAAGAAAAUGGCUCUCAGCUCCGUUGUGUCCAACAAACAAUUGAGACCAUUGAGGAGAACAUACGCUGGAUGGACAAGAACUUUGAUAAAAUCAGAGCGUGGCUGCAGAACGAGAAGCUGGAACUCCAGUAACUCCCUGCCUCGCCAGGAUGCUGCAUUCCACAGGCCCCAGAGCUCUGCGCAUGCGGCCGCUUUCAAAUGCCCGCACAGGCUGUACACUCUUCCCUCCAACUCAUUGGUCCGGCCAUUCCUAGAAAAGCUUUGGCUGCUGGGUUUCUCAAUGUGCUUUUCUGCCCCCGGAUUUCAUACACAGGUGUUGCCUGCAGUGUAGAGGUAGUGAGUCUCCAAACUCCGUGUGUGUCCCUUUCUUUUGUGUUAUGCUUAAGCCUUCCAGCAUACACACCCUUCUCUUCCAGGCCUCAGUCAUCCACAAUCCAUCCCCUCCCACUCCUGGGAGGACUCCUGAUACUGUGAAGACUGAAUGCCCACUCACUUGGAUCCUGGCUGAGGCCACCCCUGCUGUGCUGACGGCCACCCCCUCAGCUGGGCUCCAAGCCAGGGUUAGGGCCCUCUGGAUUCUGGUCAGGGGGCAGCCGCAGGGGCUUGGGGCUGGAUUGGAGGCAGGAAUGGGGGGGGGUGGUGAAUUCCCUGGUCUCACAGGUGGCUGUCUGCAUCGAAGGCCUUGGCUCCUUCCCCUUCCGUACCAAGGCCUGCGGUGGAAGCCUACCUCUUAAUGGUGCAGCGUGUAUGUUGGUUUCUCUAUGCUCUGCCUGCACCUUUGGUUUAGGAAAAUUAAAAACCCCUCGGAUGAUUCUCAUUGGUUAUGCUUCCUCAUAACCCAGGGUCCCUGGGCGCCCAGGUGAGUAGCCUCUGAGAAGGCAGGUUGAGGCGAACAGCCUUUUGUUUGAGGCUGUAUGGAGAGCUGCAUAUCCUUAGAGGUGAUGUUUUCUCUCUGCUCCUUACUUACAGUUCCUAAAUAGCUUGUUACCAGUAAAUAAUUACCAAACUAAAAAUAUUUGGCCUAAAGGAAGACAGUAUGAUCUUGAGUACUACAGUCUUCCUAUAGGAAGUUUAAUUCUAUGGCAAGUCACUAUGAAAUAUGUAACUUUCUUGUAACUAUUCCAGUUUCAUUUUUAGGAAUACUGCAUGGUUUGAGGAAAAAUGCAGAAAUCAGACAAUUUCCACCCCCCACAGUGGGGAAUAACUUAAAAACACAAUCAAGACUUCACUAUUAAAAUACUUUAAUAGUAAUUUAUAUUUUGAUGAAACAUGGGAAUAUUUUUGGUCAUUCAAGAAACCUUUUUUGAGAGAAAACAUUGCCACAACACUGCUGAAGCCCUUUUUGGUGAUCUCAAUGUUGUUUGCUCCUAACGGGUAACUUGUAAUUACUGUCUGGGUAAAAAGGGAGUGAUUUGAUCUGGUAACACCUUGGAGAUACUUCUAAUAAAAAGACUGAUUCAAUGCCUCCCAUAAAUUA